AUGCUUCGUGCCCAGAGGGACUGUCCGAUGUCGGCUUGCGACCCCUUUCUCGCAGUUGCGUUCUUCUCAGCUGUCGCCAGGGUGCUUCUAACACGGAUAUGGCUGAUGCGAUGGUUUCAUGCUCCUGUAGACUUUAAUGUUAAGUCAUGUCGCCUUAGACCGAAUCCCGCCAUACUGGUUGAUUGGUCCUCGGGUGAGUGUGACGCCCUCUAG